CUUUCCAUAACUCCAAUUGAACUGUCAGGAUAGUUGGUUGAUCUGUUAAACAGAGUUAUCGAAGUGUUAGACAGAACUACAGGUUCCAAGCUUAUUUUUGAAUUUCUUUUUCCAACGAAACUUUUGACCUAACGUCCUUUAAAAUGCCUGACACGAUCCUCAAAGAUACAACAGGGUAUUAUGACUUCGCUGAAGAGAAAACAAAUAAUUCUUCCUUGCCGAGAAAACUAUCUACAAUAUCAGGACAACUGGACAAAAAACCUGGAGACGAGGUAAGCGAAGAAAGCGAUCAUACCGACCACAGAGGAAAAUGGUCGAAAGGAACCGAGUUUCUCCUUUCUUGCAUCUCGAUAUCAAUAGGACUUGGAAAUGUUUGGCGAUUUCCUAGCUUAGCCUACGAAAAUGGCGGAGGCGUGUUUUUGAUUCCAUACUUUAUACUACUGUUCAUAAUGGCUAAGCCACUGUACUACAUGGAACUGGCUUUGGGACAGUUCGCUAGCUCAAGUCCAGCCAAAGUGUGGAGCUGUCUUCCAGGAUUCAAAGGGAUCGGGUUUGCUCAAAUGUUAUCAACUUUCUUCCUGACAACCUUCUACAACUUCAUCAUGUGCUUGACAAUAUUCUAUAUGUUUGCCUCAAUGCAGAGUACGUUACCUUGGACGUGGUGUGAUCCUGAUUGGGCUGACAACUCUACCUGUUACAACAGACUCAAAGAAAACCAGACAGACUCCAUUAGGAACCAAACUGCAUCGGAACAAUAUUUUAGGCGAUAUGUGUUGAACCAAGUAACACACCUAGAAGAAAUGUCGACCAUGGACUGGAGAUUAGUCCUAUGCUUGCUUCUCUCCUGGACCAUUGUAUUUCUAGCAACUGUCAGGGGUGUUCAGUCACUUGGAAAGGUGGUUUAUGUGACUGCGACUUAUCCAUACAUCGUGCUUAUUUCUCUACUUGUAGUCGCCUUGCAGAAACAAGGAUCCAUAGAAGGACUUGUGUUUUUUUUCAAGCCAAAGUGGAACAAAUUAUUCGAUAUUGAGGUUUGGUACAAGGCCUGCGAACAGAGUUUCUUUUCACUUAACACUGGAUUUGGACACCUGAUCAUGUACGCCAGUUACAACAAUUUUCGACAUAAUGUACACAGAGAUGCUCUAAUAAUUAGUGUGGCUGAUACUCUUACGAGUGUGCUGGCUGGCUGUGUAGUUUUCUCUGUAUUAGGAACAUUAGCCCACGAUCUGGAACAAGAUAUCAGCACUGUUGCCAAAGAUUCAGGAUUAACCUUGGCCUUCAUCACCUAUCCAGAGGCCCUUAGUCAGGCACCGUUUGUUCCACAGCUCUGGUCUAUACUAUUUUUUAUAAUGUUGUACAUGUUGGGGCUUGGAAGUGCGAUUGGACAUAUUGAAGCCAUUUUAACUACAAUCAAAGAUGAAUUCCCUCAUCUUCAUCAAAAGAAGAGCGUGAUGGCUUUAGUUGCAUGUUUAACUUGUUUCAUCUGUGGUCUACCAAUGACAACCAAUGCUGGAGAACACGUGAUAAACCUAUUGGAUAACUACGGGGUAGGGGCAGCAGUGUUUUUGUACGCCGUAUUGGAAAUUACUGGUAUUAUGUGGAUAUACGGCUACCGGAGGUUUCUAUCUGACGUUCACUUCAUGCUUGGGAGACCCGUUGGAUGGUUCUGGAAAUGGACUUGGAUUUUAGUAGCACCAGUUUCCCUUAUAUUCAUCUACGGAUAUGGUACAGUCAUGCUGGCGAUAGACAACGCUAAAGAAGAGAAAGAUGAAAGUAAUACUAGAUUAAUCAUGCCAGCUUGGGGAACAGCGCUCGGUUGGAUUUUAGCAAUGCUAUGUAUCAUUCAGAUUCCUUUUUGGUUUGUUGUAACAAUAAUUAAGGCUCCUGGGUCAACUGUUCUGGAGAAAUUGAAGUAUACUUUUCGACCUACACCAGAAUGGGGUCCCAGGAACCCCACCUUUCGGAGAGAGUGGGAAAAGUGGAACGCGAAGAAGAUAAAAGGGCAAGCCCCAAGUGCUUUGUAUACUAACCCUAGUUUUAAGCCGGAUGACGUUUGAAAUCAGUUUUUUAGCUUUACUUUAAAACCUGUGAACGUGCUUUCUGUAUAAAGGUGAAACAUAUUUGUUGUAGCAAAUUAUAAAUUAACGUAGUUAAAAUAUUAUAUAAGAACCACUAAAUGUUUUAGCAAGAACUAUUUUUUUGAAGAAAAUUCCGGAACAGCUUGUUAGUAAUGGAGUUUAUGUUAGGAUUUAUUUAACAUGUUGUCUUAGGGCCAUUCUGUGUACAAAAGGAAAUAUCUGGAAAGAAAUUCAACCAGGAAUGAGUUAAAAAAAAUAGUCUAGACUACCUUAUUUCCAAAGCUUGCCCCCCAGUGGCACAGCGGUAUGUCUGCGGACUUACAAUGCUAAAAACCGGGUUUCCAUACACGUGGUGGGCAGAGUACAGAUAUCCAAUUGCGUAGCUUUGUGCUUGAUUACAAAUAAACAAACAAAACAAUUCCAAAGCUUAAAUAUAUAUUUGAUAUUGGAAAAUAAACAAAGAAAAAAUAAGUGUCGCAAAUAUGUAAUUUAAAGUCUCGUGAACAAUGCGUAAGCCAAUAUUUUCAACUAAGUAUUUUUGAGUCACAACUCCUCUUAAUUUAAAGCUUCUUCUAAUACGCUUUUCGCCCUAAUUAUUAUCUAGCUUGGGGUGUCGCAAUACAACGGGUUCAUUAAAUAAUAAUAAUAAAAGUCAGUAAUAUCAUUUCCAGGCAGAAGUUGCAGAUUCGUUAAUAAUAGACAUGAAUGUAAAAUUUGUCCUAAAACCUUUCGUAAUUUCAGUUUUGUUUUCUUGUGCGUGAAGACAUCUAGGUGGUUCAUUGGUACAAACUCAUGUUCCUUUAUUACACGUCUUGAAAGCAUGAGUAAUAUAUUUGAUUAGCCGUUUGUAUUAAAUUGAUUCUCAUGUACGUCUUAACUAACUGUACAAUAUUAACCCUGUGCACAUACACGUUUUG